CAGAGAUCAAACACCCAGGGUCUCUAAUAAUGCCGCACAGAGAGGAGAUGUUUAACAUCCUCUGAGGGAAAACAUGGACAUUGGUAUGGAAGUGUCAGAAGACACUUGAGUCACCAGUUGGAAAGUGAAAAUGAACACAGGGAAAUUUUAGAGAACCAGAAAAUGAUUAAAGGAAAAACAUCCCACCAAAUAAAUUCAGGGACGUGGAAGGCAUGCACAGUAGACCGCAGAUAUCUAACAAGCUGCAAGUACUUUGGCACAAGCCGUGUGAAACGUUAUCAUCAUGGCUACUAAGUCUCAAGGAUGCCUGUGGCAGAUGUGUCUGGUACUGCUGUUCUCCGCUGGAGUCAUGUCACUGGACUGUAACCUGCUUCAUCGCCAGCAAAGCAAAUUUAACUGGUACAGUCUACAACUGCUGGAAAACAUGGGUGGGAAGUUUCCUUUGGAGUGUUUGGGGGACAAGACAGCCUUCCACUUUCCUGAGAAGGUUCUGAAGCCCAAAUUUCGACAACAUGCCAUGAUGGCCGUCCAUGAAAUUCUACAGCAGCUCUUUGGCAUCUUCAGCAGGAACCUGACCCAAACUGGCUGGAAAAGAAGAAAUGUGGAGAGGUUCCUAAAUGGGCUCGCUCUGCAGACCAAGUGCCUCGAGACAUGCCUACCUACAAAGGCCGGGGCCAACAUUCUGAGACUGAAGAAAUACUUCCAGAGGAUCCAAGAUUUUCUUAAGGAGAAGAAAUACAGCACCUGUGCCUGGGAGACUGUCAGAAAGGAAGGGCAGAGCUGUUUUCAAUACAUUGACAAGCUCACAGUUAGGAUGAAAAAGCAGGCGACAAACAUUUUACUAUGAACAUUUGAGAAAUUUGGGUGAAGCAGUGAACUGGGAGCAGGAAACCAUCUGACCUCCAGCUUAAACUCUAAUACGGACUUUGUGACCCUUUUCAAUGGGGGAAAAAGCUACAGAACUAUAUGAAUGUACUUAAUGUACUGUGUACGACGUCUCAUCCAAAAGCUAAGAAAUAUUUUAGAGGCCAAACACAGGUGGAGGAGGAAAAUAUUUCACAAUUGUUAUUUAUUUUCUUUGUGCAUUGUCAAACUUAUCCUGAUUGUGGGAAUGGAGACUGUCACAUCUAUAUUUAUAUAUUUAAAAUAAAAGAAUUACUAAAAAAAUUGAGGAACUGGUUAGAAUGAAUAUAUUCUGUUGCAUAUGCUCUUGUGAGCCUCACAUAAUGUUUAUGAGUUGAAUGUAACUUGUAUUGGUCUAAGGCAGUGAUAUGCAGACCUCAGUGAUUCAAGGAGCCAAAUUAGUGAUUAACAUUACCCAAAAAAACUGCAGUAGUGUGAAUUCACUGUUUCAUUUACUUUAUAUAUAUAUAAAAAUAAAAUUCUCACAGCCAAAUGACUGACCAAGUAUUAUUUAAUCAAUCACAAUUGCUUAACAAUAUUGUAAAAGCAUACUGAUUGGUUAAUUAAAUCACACUCUUUUACUAUCAUGUGCUACAAAGCUGCAGGAGACAAAUUAAAAAGAGCCACUUGCAGCUUGUGAGCCUCAGUCUGAGUAUCACUGGUCUAAGGAAAGACACAGAAGACAGACACAAUAGGAUCUGAACGGAUAUAUCAGUUUUCAGGGAAAACAAAGGUAGGGCAGAAUCAUAACGGACGGAAACUGGAAGCAAAAUCAGAGACUUCCUGGAUGUCACCAUCCACAAGGGGUGGAAGAUG